CAGCUGCCUGGGGGGCCGUACCAGGACUGACCUUGGGAGAGCUCAGAAGAUGCAUCUUGCCGACCUCCUGCCCUUCCUUCUGGCCGGACUGAUGCUCCUUUGUCAUGGUCAAGUGAACCCUGAGCACUAUCUCCAGGAUCAUACGGGCAACCCCCAUCAGGAGGCUUCAAGCGCAGGUGAGGGCUCCCCCAGCCUCAAGAUUGCCCCAGGCAAUACAGCCUUUGCUCUCCAUUUCUACUACCUGAUGGCUUCCCAAAGUCCUGGGAGCAACAUCUUCUUCUCCCCACUGAGCAUCUCUGCCUCCUAUGCCAUGCUGUCCCUGGGGGCCCGCUCGCACAGCCAGACCCGGAUCCUUGAGGGUCUGGGCUUCAACCUUACGGAGCUGUCUGAGCAGGACAUCCACCGGGGCUUCCAGCACCUCCUGCACACUCUCCACCUCCCGGGCAACGGGCUGGAGAUGCACAUGGGCAACGCCCUGUUCCUGAGCCAGGACCUACCGAUCCUUCCGGGAUUUCUUAAUGACAGCAUGGCCUUCUAUGAAUCCAAACUCUUCCUCACCGACUUCCACAAUUCUGUGGGCACCACCCAGCUCAUCAAUGACCACGUCAAAGAGGAAACUCAAGGAAAGAUUGUGGAUUUGGUCAGCCACCUGAGCACGGACAUCACAAUGGUGCUGGUGAAUUACAUUUACUUCAAAGCUCUGUGGGAGAAACCAUUUGUUCCCUCGAUGACCACUACCCAAGACUUCCACGUGGAUGAGAAUACUGUUGUCAAGAUACCUAUGAUGCUGCAGGACACACAGCACCACUGGUAUCUUCAUGACCGAUUCUUGCCCUGCUCGGUGCUGCGGAUGGAUUACCAAGGAAACCUGGUGGCCUUUUUCAUCCUUCCGGACCAAGGGAAAAUGGCGAAUGUGGAGGAGGUCUUGACUCCAGAGAUGCUAACAAGGUGGAACAACUUGCUUCAGAAGAGGUAUUUUUAUAAGAAGCUCGAGCUCCAUUUCCCCAAGUUCUCCAUUUCUGGCUCCUAUCAGUUAGAUCAGAUUUUGCCCAAGAUGGGCUUCAUGGACCUGUUCUCGAAGGAGGUUGACCUCUCCGGCAUCACCGAAGAGCGGAGACUGCGGGUGUCCAAGAGUUUUCACAAAGCCAUUCUGGAGGUGGAUGAGGUUGGCACCCAGGCAGCAGCGGCCACUGGCAGCUUUGUGACCUUUAUGUCUGCCCAGCACAAUCGCAGAGUCCUUCGGUUCAACCGGCCCUUCCUCGUGGUGAUCUUUUCCACCAAUACCCAGAGCAUCAUCUUCCUGGGCAAGGUUGUCAACCCCACGAAACCAUAGCCCUCCCAGGGCUGGCUCUUCUAUUACAAGCAGGAUGAUGUGGCCCAGGGUGGGCUCGGUGUGAGCAGCUCUGUGUUUGGAGUGGUGGACAC